GCUCGGAGAGGCUUCAGAGAGGAGAGGGGAGAGACACGAGAGAGAGGGACAGAGAAAGAGGAAGGGGAUGCUGUUGAUCCAUCCGUCCGCGCAGUCUUUUUUGUUGUUUUUCCACCAACAAGAGUAAUCGUCAUUAACGGGAAGUAUAAGGACUAUUUCCGUGGGUUGAAAGGACAGGACAAGGUUUCCGGAAUGUUUUAUUGAAGAAAAAGAAAGAGCUUCCAAAUUCAUCUGUCUGUCUUUAUUUAUUUAUUUAUUUAUUUAUUAUUAUUAAUUAAAAGCUCUUGUUUCUUAGCAUCCCUCCCUCCUUCUCCUCUUCCUUCUCCAUCUUCUCUUUAAAAAAAAAAAAAAAAAAAAGCCGAGCGCACCGCGGGGUGUCUUCCAUCGGCUCCCCUUUUCUUUUCGUUCUUUCUUUUCUUGUUUUAAUGUAUUUUCUGAGCUCGAGAGCCUCCUGCCUCCGGAUCUCCAGCCUGCCUGCAGCCCACAAAGCCCGAUCCCCCCCUUAGAGGGAGCUGUCCGGUGCUGAACUUGCAUUUCUUCCCAUCUCUGCACGAGGACUAAACUGAGCAGUUAAAAAGGACAGACGAAGAGACUCGGGCAUUAAAAAAGAAAGAAACAAACAAACAAGCAAACAAUACACAGGGAUCAAUUCACACCUCGUGCUUCCUUCCAAACCCCAAAGACAAUCUUCGUUUGCUUCCUCCGAUCCGGCUGGUGCGUUUGACGGACGGAUCAGCACGCUGGCCUGGCCGUCGGUGACCGGUUGCGUUUGCGAGUGUGUGCGUGCGUGUGUGUGUGUGAGAGAGAGUGUGUGUGUGUCACUGGCUCACCAUCAUGCCAAGGUCUUUCCUGGUGAAAAAGGUGAAACUAGAUGAUUUCUCCAAUGGGGAUCUGGAGAACGUCUACCGGCACAGGACGGAGCUCAGCCUGCGGCUGCACGACAAAGGCGGCUACAUCAGUGACUACAUCAGCCCUGUUGUGUACGAUGGUGAGAGUGAUGGUGGCAUCAAGGUGCCCUCUCCUGAUCCCCUCUACGACGGUAUCCACAGUGACUACGGGGCUCCUGACUCCGAGUCUCCGGAGAGCCCCAGCUCAGAAAUCACAGAUGGCUACAUCAAUGGAGAUGCUGCAGUGAGUGAAGGUUACACAGUUGAUGCCUUUUUCAUCACCGAUGGCCGCUCGAGAAGGAAAGCUCUUGGCAGCCCCAGGACCAUCCAGAGGCAUACCUGUAAUGAGUGCGGCAAAACCUACGCCACGUCUUCCAACCUGAGCCGGCACAAACAGACACACCGUUCGCUGGACAGCAAGAUGGCAAAGAAAUGCCCAACCUGCGGGAAGGUGUACGUGUCCAUGCCCGCCAUGGCCAUGCAUCUGCUCACCCACGACCUCAAGCACAAGUGUGACGUGUGUGGGAAAGCGUUCAGUCGGCCAUGGCUUUUACAGGGUCACAUGCGCUCCCAUACAGGCGAGAAGCCGUUUGGGUGCGCCCACUGUGGGAAGGCCUUCGCGGACCGCUCGAACCUGCGCGCUCACAUGCAGACCCACUCAGCCUUCAAACACUUUAAAUGCAAACGCUGCAACAAGACCUUUGCGCUCAAGAGUUACCUGAACAAGCACUAUGAGUCCGCCUGCUUCAAAGGCCCCUUCUCUUCCAUCAGCGCCCUAGAUGCAUGACAGCCUACAAAACAUCAAACAACAGACAUAAAUUACCAUUAUCCUUAAACACUGAACUGCAGACAAUAUAUUUUUGGUCAGAGUAUGACCUUGCUUCCCGCUCUCACCCUUCGUCACACACCCUCUCCACCCUUCUCCCGCCAUGCCUCCCUUGGAGCCUAGUCAUGAUGAUGAAAAUGAUGAAGAGAGCACAAUUAUUCUCCUUGAGAUUUGCCCACUUAAGGAUUUAACCGAUCGACGCAUGCACUUCGUCAAAAACUCUUCACGUCCUCUUCCUCUGUCUGUUCAGGAGAUUAAUACUAACACAGCUCCCUCCUGGCAUCUAAACACAGUAUGACAGCAUAUAUUUUGGAAUGUUGAGGAUGAUGAUGAUGAUGUAAUGAUGAUGACGAAAACAACGACAAAGACAAUAGUGAGCCUAGUGCUACUAGUUUUUUUCCCCUGCACUGAAAUGCAUCAAGUUUUUUCACUGAAAUUUUGUUCUUUUUUGGGGGGGGGAUGGUAGUAAUAUAAUAGUAAUAAUAAUGACAAUAAUAAUAGCGCUCUGCUGCACCAAGUGACCAUGUUCUCUCCAGUACUGAGGUAAAAGAAAGUAUUUAUUUAUUUAUUUAUUUGAUUUUUUUUUAUUUCUCGUAUCUUUAUAAAUGAUUUGAUAAAAAAAGUGUUACAGUUUCUUUGCACUUUAAGUUCUGUAUAUGUCUGUUGAUUUUUGCCAAGAUUUUUUUAAUCACUACAGGCCAAAGCAUAUGUCACUUUUUUGAGGACUGUUUUUAUUUUCAAUUAUGUUGCUGAUCUUUUUUUCUUAUUAACAUAACUGCAUGCAAAAAAGAAGGAAAAAAAGGAAACCUAUGCCAACGUCAUGAAAAAGCUUAUGAUUUUCUGCCAAAUUCUUAUAGAUAGAACCCAAGGGCAAUAUUUUUUUCUCUUGGAGCCUCCCUAGGACUCUUUAAAAGCAAUAAUCACCUAAUGCAUGGUAUUUUAUGAUGAAGUUAUGAAGUAUUACCUACUACUGUAUAGCAGUUUAAAAAUCAGGUAUGUUGUACUUCACGUAUAGUCAUAAACAUAAAAAUACUAAUAUUACAGACAUCAGGGAACAUGCCAAUGUAGUGUUAGAGUAACAAAAAGAAAAGUCCUCUUUCCUCUCUUGUUAUGCACUGCCUGCCUCUUAGUGAGUAGAACUAAUGUAGGAUGUAGGCUAGAGAGGCUGGGAUCAGCUGCCUGCUGGGUGUGAGGCCUAUUGUAGGAUAACUCAUUCGUAAUCCUCAAAGACCUGUGCGAGGCUAACUCUAGCAUAAAUAAGCCUGCUAACAACAGCCACAUACAGGGGGCUUCUCUGCAAGGCUUUUUUCUUUUUCUUUUGCAUUUUACUCAGAUUGGACAUUGGCCAUUCGGCAAAAAAAAUAUAUGUUACAAUGGCACUUAAACAUAUUGAAAACAUAUAUGCAGUCUAACUGUAUGCAUUUUAAAAGCCUAAGACAUCUACCUUAUCUUUGUCCUGGUGUAGAGUAAAUAGACGAUGCAAUUAAAAUAGCAAUCGAACUGAAUUUUGCAUUGAGUUGUGUGCAAACUCAACAUGACAGGUAAUUCUGCUGUUGCUAUGCUUUCAAUAGAAAACCCAGGCAAAGUUUGGUGCAUUGCUGAAGUUGGACCGAGGUCAACUUUGACUGCAAUGCAUUAUUCAAUGAUCCCUCCAGAGCACUUCCACAUCAUAAAGCGUGCAUUUUUCAACCAUAUAAACGGCAUGGACUUAGGCUGGAUGGUCUGAUUACAGUUCAGUUGUUACAGUCCUGUCCUGUAGCUGCAUGGAACUGAGUCCUUAUUAUUCUGCAGUAGGCCCCCCAUUCGUCCCUGCCAGGCCGGCCAACUCUGAUCAACUGAGUGAAAUACCUACAGACAGGCUAACUCUGAUCAACCCUGAACCCACACAUGAUUUAACUUGUUAUCUAGGUGGUCAUCAACAGUGUUGCUGAACCCAGUUCUCUGCAGAGCAGAAACCUUUUCAACAGAUUCAUGGAGCUUCCCAGGAGACGCAGUGAGGACAGACAGCGUUUCACUAAAAAUGAAGUGCUUUUUUAUGAUCAUCUGCCAUAUUAUACAGUGCUUUCAUAUUGUAAGAUAUAACAGGAACAUUCAAAUAAUCUAUGCGCACAAGUGCAUGGGGGCAUGAAUGCACAUGCAAGCACACAGUGCCAGCUGAUGAGCCACUGGGGGUAAAAAAAAUUCUGUCCACAGUCAAGCUUUUGCAACAGAUGGAUCUAAAAUUCGGAUGUGAAUCUAUGAAAAAGGAAACUUUGAUAAUUGCAGUGCUUCCUCAGAACUGAGACUUCUCAGCGAGGCAGCUGACUGCUCUCCAACUCUUUUUAGGAUUCAUAGGACUAAAGCAUUGCACAGUUAUGCUGACUUUUGACUUAAAUGACAUGUAAGAGAUGCGUCAUUGCAUCAAAAGCAGCCACAUAUGCAGCAACGUUGCCAGAGAAAAAAACGGAGCUGAGUAUUCAAUGAUGGGUAACAUUUUUGCGGCUGUUGUUGUGAUUAGGGUAUCCAGCAUGUCAGUCAGCACAUUGUAUCUGAUACCUUCAUAAUUGAUGUAUGAACUAGAAUUUAAAUUGAAUCAAAUGAUCAGUCCAUGUAAGGGCACAUGUCCUUCUAUUUGUGUGUCUGGUCAGCCUAAAUAUUUGUACAAAGCAGGCAACACUUUGAAUUUGUUACAUGAAUACAGCUUCUGGACAAUAUUGCAAUUAUUUCUAUGCUUAAGAAGUAAUUUAUGCAAAUAGAACAAAAGCAGCACCUGUUUUUUUUAUAUAUCUCAAAGAUACUACUCCAUUAACUGACAUCAGUGAUCAGAAGUCAGCAAUCUCUCCUACAUUGGCCGAUAACAGUGAUGUGACAAAGCUGCAAGAGUGUUUUCUGGCUGCAAUGUGUCAGUUGUUGGUAACUCAUCACAAAUUGUAUCAUUGUCCACAAAAACUCUGUCGGACUGAAGUUUUGCAUGACGGUCUGAUAUAUGGAUAUUUGGCUUCGGUUCUUAUGUGGCUGUUGGGUGACCUGAAAGCAGGAAGCAGCCGGCUGUUUGCCGUUGUCCGUCUCUGGGUGAGCUCCAGGUCUGGUCUCUUUAAGCACUUCCAUUGUAGUCAUCUCCACCUUAAAAAAGUAGCACAAUUAAACUAACUAGAAUUCAGGUAGAAAAGAAUUAAAAACCUUGUACUAGCUUGACCUCUCUUCUUCUUUUUUUUGUAUUUCCAAGUUAAAGAAUGAUGAUAACCUAAAUGAUCAUUUAUUGCAGAAUCCUUUGGAUUGAGACAUUUUUACUGCUGUAUAGCGAAAUCUGACACACCUUAUCUCAGGAGGUUUGGAGCUCUGAUGCAGAGUGAGGACUUCCUAUGUUUUUGAGCCAGUAUUCAGAUAAUGUAAGCACAAUGAACACAAAGCAUUUUGUGGCACUUCAUAAUAAAGAGUUAUCUUAACCAACCAAGGCAAUUUGUUGAAGUAUUUUUUUCUUUUUCUUUUUUUUUAUCUCAAAGACAGUGUUGUACUACGUGGGA